UUCUUGAUUUUUGAAUUUCAGAUAAAUAUUUUUAUCUUGGCGAACGUCACAAAGUGGCUGAACAACUUUGCUAGAAACUUUGUGUUUUGCUAUGCUCUCUUUGCUAGUGCUACCCAUGGGCAUAGAACAAAACGGAACAAAACUAAUGUGUGAAUAUGUGACAAGUGUGUGCGAUAGUGACGGCGCGGUUGGUUUCUUUUGGCUUAAGACUGAGAAUGUCAUUUUUAUCUAAUUUUAGUUUUAUUACUCAGGUGAAGUCAGUUUAAUAAACAGAAAAUGUGAGUAAAAUAAUUUCAUCUUCACCAUGGAGCCGUACCGAAUGGAUUAACCAUGUGUUUGAAUAAUCCGAUCUGUUUAUUCCCGAUGAGUUAAACACUAUAGUGAACUAUGAAAACAUAUUGGAGAUGGCUAACUGGUCGAAGAAACGUCGUUUGGAUAGUGAAUUUAAUUUGAUAGAACAAUCCCCGCCAGAAGAGGACAAAAACAUGUUUUGUUGGGGAAGCACAGUCAACGGAGAACUCGGACUUGGUGGAAUCGAGGAAGAAAAUAUUCUUAUCCCUCGAGAGGUCAUUUUUGCAAAAGCUACUGAAGUCGAACAGAUUGCCUGUGGUGAAAAUUAUUCAAUUGUUAUUACUCGAGAUGGACAAAUUUAUUCCUGUGGAAAUAAUGAUUUUGGACAACUCGGGCACUUGAAAGAAAUUAAGAAAAAAUUAGAGCACAUUCCAGGAUUAGAAGCCUUUGUUUUUAAAAAAGCAGCUUGUGGUGCUUGCCAUACUUUAGUUGUUAACGAAUGGGGGAAUGUUUACUGUUGGGGCUGCAACACUGAAGGACAAUUAGGUUUAGAUUCUUCUUCGUUUGCUGAACCAGUGCCUCGGAUGAUAAAAGCUUUAGGAACAAGUGUGGUUGUACAAAUUGCUUGUGGUUUGAAACACACUUUGGCUUUAACAAAUAAUGGUGAACUAUAUGCAUGGGGUUCGAAUAAGGAGGGACAGCUGGGAUUGGGUCCAGGGAUAAGGAAAGAAUUGAAACCAAAACUCGUCUCUUCUUUAGCUGGGAUACCAAUCGCGUUUAUAGCCUGCGGUGGUUAUCAUAGUCUAGUCGUUUCAAAAUCAGGAGCUAUAUUCGGUUGGGGUAGAAACACAUUUGGGCAGUUGGGUUUGAAUGACACAACGGAACGGUUUCUUCCAACUCAGCUGCGGACUUUAAGAAAUUCUAGAGUUCGAUAUAUGGCCUGUGGUGAAGAGUUUUCAGUCUUUCUAACGAUGGAUGGUGGUGUAUUUACUUGUGGUAAUGGCAUGUACGGCCAACUAGGUCACGGAACUUAUAGUAACGAAAUUCUUCCUCGCCAAGUCGUCGAACUUAUGGGCAGCAUAGUUACCCAAAUUUCCUGCGGAAGACAACAUACACUGGCCUUGGUUCCUAAAGGCGGAAGAGUUUAUGCCUGGGGUUUAAGCGCCGCUGGUCAGCUGGGAAUUCGAGUUUGCCAAAAAAACAUAGCAACCCCACAGGUUGUUCUUGGACCCUGGCUCUCGCCCUCGGAUAUUUUUGCUGUUAAAGUAGAACCUUGCUCGGGUCCCUUCGGCAAGGACUGCGUCGUCAAACACAUUUUUAGCGGUGGAAAUCAUUGCUUUGCUACAGUCACGCAAAGAAGUGAGAAUAUCGCUCCUGACGACUGUAGGAAAUUAGAACCUUCUUCUCAGGUUGUGACAGUGAUGGAAGAACAAUUAAUGGCUUGCCAACAAGUUCCUUCAGAAGCUUCCGUCGAUCACGAGCUACUUACGUACCUGGAAACUGUUUUUCGAAGUCUGGCCUGUAUCAAUGCCUCUUUUCUUCUUGCAAACGAUGCACAUUAUGGCUGUUCGAGCAAACAUCACGGAGUCGAUAUUACAAAAGCAAACAAACUCUUUGAUAUAAUUUCCAACUUUAAAAAUAACACCAUGACAGAAUUGAUUUUCAGCUGCGUAACGGAAAGCCUCUUGCCAUCCCUAGUAAACUCGCCACCCGAUGUAGAAACUUUAAGAGUAUACCUUAUUCUUCCACUUUACAACGGUUUUGCAAAUCCCCCGAAUUGCAGCACUUUACACCUGCCUUUUGCAACAUCAGUUUUAAAUCUACAAACUGCACCCUUAAAAAUAGUUGGUCGCUGGUGGAGUAACGCACCGGCUUUCUACUUCGAAAGGCUGGUUCGAACCUACAAAGCUGUAGUUCAACACUUUUUACAACAGCCGAACUUUAUAGAGAAUAAGGUUAUUCCAUCGGACUCAAGGUUACGGCUGAUCUUAAAUCUGUUGAAAUUUUUAGACGAACUUAAUUAUAGUCCCGAGGGACAAAGAGUUCACUAUUCCGUAUUUCAUUUGCCAGAAUUAAUAGAUAUUGUUGAUAUCAAAGUGGAUUAUUUUAGGUGGCUCACCGAGGUUAAUGCACCGAAGACUAAUAUAUUUUUUUGUGACUACCCGUUUCUGUUCGAUGCUACAGCGAAGACGGCUUUGCUCGAGACAGAUCAAGCAAUUCAGAUGCAAUCGGCGAUGAAUGAAGCAACGACUAGAGCCCUUACUCACAUGCUAUUUGCUCCCAUCUUAGGAGGAAAUCCAAACCAACAUGACCACGUUCUGAUGCUUGAAGUCUCACGAGAAAAUAUAGUUGAUGACACCUUGAGAGAAUUAUCUCAUUACGAGUCUCGUGAUCUUAAAAAACCUCUCAGAGUGAAAUUCCGUGGGGAAGAAGCGGAAGACGCAGGAGGCGUGAGAAAGGAAUUUUUCAUGCUUCUUCUCAAAGAAAUUCUAGAUACAAAGUACGGGAUGUUCAAAGAUUACAAGGAAACGAGGACUAUUUGGUUCAAUGAAUUUUCCUUCGAGGACGUGCAAAUGUAUUACCUGAUCGGCGUUCUUUGCGGUCUCGUUAUCUACAAUUUCAUCAUCAUCAAUCUGCCUUUUCCACUUGCGCUUUAUAAGAAACUGUUGCAGGAACCGGUGGGUCUUGGCGAUAUCAAUGAUAUGGAUCCAGUUUUUUCCAAGAGUUUACAAGAUAUACUGGACUACGAGAGAAGUGACUUUGAAGAUGUCUUUGGUCUAAACUUUGAAAUAACUCGGGAGUUUUAUGGAGCGAAGAAAAGUGUCGAAUUGAUACCGGGUGGCAGUACAAUUCCUGUAACUCUAGAAAAUAAGAAAGAAUACGUGAAUCUAAUGGUAGACUACAUUUUGAACAAAUCAGUAGAGGCGCAGUUCACGGCGUUUGACAAAGGUUUCCACAAAGUCUGUGGUGGACGUGUCUUAAAACUAUUCCACAGCCAGGAACUGAUGGCAGUCGUUGUCGGAAAUGAAAAUUACGAUUGGCAAGAACUUGAGAGAAAUGCGAGUUACAAGGAAGGAUACACGAAGGAUGACCCAACAGUUGUCCUCUUCUGGCAAGUUUUUCACGAGUUAACACUGGAAGAGAAAAAGAAAUUUCUUUUGUUCCUGACUGGAAGUGAUCGAAUUCCAAUCCAAGGAAUGAAGGCUAUUAAGAUCACAAUCCAACCGAUGUCCGACGAGAAAUACCUUCCCGUUGCCCACACUUGCUUUAAUCUUCUCGAUUUACCUCGAUAUCAAACUCGCAAAAGACUGCAGUAUAAGUUACUCCAGGCCAUUCAGCAGACGCAGGGAUUUUCCUUAGUUUAAAAUUGGUGAUAGAAUAUUUUUAAUACUGAUUUUUACAAGCAAUCACUGAAAAAUAAUUUUUUUUCGCUAAUUCCAAGAUCACUUAAUAUCAAAAUGGCUUUAAGCAAAUUCCUUAUAUAAAAAAAACUAUUCAUAACUUGGAGGUUCUAGUCAUUGUGCGAUCUAUUUUAAUAUUAAGUGCACAAUGCUUUUCGUGAAGUUAUCUCGCUUCUCGAAUUCGAUCCAGAAAUGUAGGUAAACAUUUGAUCAAAAAAAUGCUAGGGUUUGUAGAAUGCACUGCUCAGGGAAAAUUUAUAUUUGGGGAUCGAAAUUCGCUUCUUAAUGUUUAUGCUCUUGUAAAAAAAUGUUGGUUCUUGAAACUAGUUAUGUCCAUCGACUUGUGUCUGAAUGGUAAAAAGGUUACUUUGUAAAAGUGACUAAGUCGAUGCAUGAGCUGUGUUCAAAAAUUAUUUACCACAAUUAUUUAUUGCAGAUAAAAAAAAUGUUUACUUUUGCUACUCUAUACAACGAGAUUCUUUUAACGGAUUUGAAGACAAACACGCUUUAUAUUGUUACAUAUUUACAAAUAUAUUUAUCUUGUACCGUCGCGGUGAGAAUAAAGGAUAUAGUUAUGUA